AUGACGAAUCCUGUGUACCGUGCAAUAGUCUACUAUUUCCUGAUUGUUUAUUUAAAGGGUCUACUGCAAACCUUGAAGCUCUAUUCCGGACAUCCGGCGGAUUUGGUAAAAUGCACAACGGACUUCAACUUCGACCAAGACGAGGAUCUCGGCUCAGGCGAUGUGAAUAUCGAGUUGGUCGACGGGCCUGACGACGUAGACAUUAAUACAAUCGGACGAGACGAUGACGAAGACAGAAGCGAGGAAAGCAAUCCACCGCCAUUCAUCACACCCCCUCCUCCCAAUCCGGACUACAAAGGGCCGAAAGGCGACAAGGGCGACAAAGGAGAGAAGGGCGAGAGUGUCAGGGGAGCACCUGGCCCCCCUGGUCCACCUGGUCAAGAGGAGGGUCCGCAAGGGAAGAAAGGAGAACCCGGCACGUGCACCUGCAAUGCAACAGCCCUGAUGGCAUCAUUUACGAUGCCAAAGAUGAUCCAAGGACCGAAAGGGGAGCAAGGAGUGCCGGGCCAAGAAGGGAAACAAGGCCAGAUGGGGCUGACGGGUGUAGCUGGGCCACCUGGUGAGAGAGGGUUGGAAGGUCCGCAAGGUAUUAAGGGUGACAAAGGAGAUGCGGGAAUAGCGGGACCGGAAGGGCCUCAAGGACAAAAGGGAGACCCUGGUCGCGAUGGAAUACCGGGCGAAAAGGGCGCUCAAGGACCCCCUGGACCACCCGGAAAGGGCGACUUCUCCAGAUAUGAC